UUUAAACCUAUCCUAAGAAGAAGGUAGCAGCGCUAGCCGGGAAAAAUAUACAUCAAAAAAAUACCUAGUACGAUCUGUGCAAAUAAGGGACUUACACUUUGGAAAUAGCUUACAGUAGACAUUACUUAAAUAUUUAAUGAUAAUAAUACUUUGCGCAGGUGUGUGGAAAAGGUAUUGUUUAGCAAUUUAAGAGACUGAUCCAAUGCAUUAUAUGUUUUAGCCAUGUCAUAUGUAAAGGAUCUUUCAAAAAUUCCAGAGGUGUCACGUGGAGCAGGCCUUUAAAUCUUAAAUUUAAAUUGUGAACGUCCGUGCGAAAGCUGAUUUUUUUGAAAAGAUAGCUGGAGACUUCAAUCUUAUAAUUUUGUGAUAAAAAUUACAUUUAUGGAGAUAUCGUCGAUUUUUCAUAUUAAGCCAUCGGACUUCCGUCAAUUUAUGACUAACAGGCCUGCCGCGUUUAAUCCCAAAAAUGAAUCUUAGACAGUAUUCCUGGAUUUUUUCUGAGGCAGCCGCUGUCAGACAUGGACCAUAGACGACAUCCAGUGGUUAAAAGAAGAUAUAAGUAUCAAAUCACACAGGACCUUUUUUACUUUUUUUUACCAUAUAAGUAUUUUAAGUGAGCAAUGGAUUUUCUAAUACAUUGUGUAACGUGACCAUUAAAUCUUAGCUUACUGUCGAGCAUAAGCCCAAGAAAUGCACAUAUUCGAUAUUUUUAUACCAAAGAACAUUGCUAAAGAUUUUUUUGGAUUUAGAUGGAGUGAAUGUUCUAGGGACACCCUGUUAAUGAUUUCUAGAUCAUUAUUUAUGAUUUGACAGCUUUCCAAAAUUUUAUCUCCCGAAAAUAAACUUGUGUAUCGUCUGCAUACAUUUAGGUCUUGCAAUGUUGUAUAAAACUAGGAAACGCGGACGUAUAUAUACAGUAUAAAAUUGGCCCCUGAAUGGAGCAUUGAGGCAUCCCAGAUAUUAUAGCACGGCAGUCUGAUUGCUGUCCAUUUAGAACCACUUUUUGUGUACGACCUUGUAAGUAGUUCCCCAUAAAUUCGACAGCACCCUCAUCAAGUCCUAUGUUUUAUAAUAGUUACCAAAGUAUGGUGAUUCAAGGUAUCAAACGCCUUAGAGUAAUCCAACAUGGUACAUUUGGCUUCGUCAAUUGUGCGGAAUAAAUUAUCAGUGACGUUUAGGAGAGCAGCACAUUGAUUCUGUGGUGGAGCAUUGCACGCGGCGGUUUAACCUCCGUUCGCUCCCGACAGAAUCCCUUGUAUUCGUCCUAAAAAGUUUGAUAUCGUUUUCCACUGUGUGGACUUAGUGUUUUUAGUGUUCAGUGCAUGUUUUAAAGUGAUAAUCGUCGUCGGCCCGUCGUUUUUCCCUGUUCACGCCUGUAUGGAGGCCGGAUGGGCCCGGAUGGUCCGCGAUGGAAGCGGGGGGAAGCCGAUUUUUUUGGUAUCGGUCAGAAUCGUUUUUUGCUAGCUGAGCAAAUUAUUGGUUAUUUUUCUUCUUUGUACGUGGUGGUCAUUGACCAGAAGCGAAAAUCCUCGACGGAAGUCGGCAACGGGCGAAUGAUCCUAGCAGUCGAGCCCAACAUUUUUUUGUGAAACGCAUAAUUGAAUUGAAUUGAAUUGAGAGCAGCACAACUGUGCCCCCUCCUGAAGCCAGACUGAGUUUCAGGAAGAAUACUGUUUUUCUCCAAAUGGAUUCUGUGGUGGAGCAUUGCACGCGGCGGUUUAACCUCCGUUCGCUCCCGACAGAAUCCCUUGUAUUCGUCCUCAAAAGUUUGAUAUCGGUUUCCACUGUGUGGACUUAGUGUUGUUAGUGUUCAGUGCAUGUUUUAAAGUUAUAAUCGUCGUCGGCCCCGUCGUUUUUCCCCGUUCACGCCGGUAUGGAGGCCGGAUGGGCCCGGAUGGUCCACGGUGGAAGCGGGGGGUGUCGGUUUUUUUUGGUACCACAUCUCGCAUUCCCCAAAGACGGCCUGGAUUCGUUUUCCCCGAGGAUCGUAGGCGGCCGGACAGCCACCCCUCACGCCUACCCCUACCAAGCCCUGCUCUUCGCUUACAUCACUAGCGACUCGUAUUUAUGUUCCGGCUCGUUAAUCUCGAGCAACUUUGUGUUAACCGCGGCACACUGCGUGAAAGACGCAUCUUAUGCUCUGGUCCAUCUAGGAGUGCACAACAUGUCUUCCACCGAGCCUUCACAAACUGCGUACAACUCGUCGAUGUUUAUAAUACACGAACGCUGGAACGAAGCAGAAAUGAUGAAUGACAUAGCUUUAAUAAAAUUACCAUCGCCCGCGACCUUGAACGAGAACAUUGCCACCAUUAAAAUUACGAGCGCUAAGGACACGUACGAAGGCGAUAUAGCUAGGGUGACGGGUUGGGGUCUCACGGCUAACGGGGCGACGUCUUCGGUGCUCAAGUACGCUGACGUCAUAGUCAUGUCGAAUCAAGAAUGUGCCACUUUCGAUCUUUACCGGAACCAUAUAGUCGCUAGUCACAUAUGCACGUCAGGCGCGGGGAACGUUGGGACAUGUAAUGGCGACUCAGGAGGACCCUUGGUAUUUAAUGGGGCUCAAAUUGGUAUUGUUUCAUUUGGGUAUUCCGGCUGUACUAUGAGCAAGCCUUCAGUGUACACUAGAUUGACCGAGUUUGCUGACUGGAUUAAAACAAACAGCGAUAUCGCUGCUAAUUCCACAAGCAAUCCUACCAAUAAUUCAGACAGGAAGAUUUCGUCUGCCAAUUUUGUAUUAAUAGCAGCUGCCCUUACACUGUAUUUAGGCGAUAACAUGAUCUCUGUCUUAAUAUUAUUGUCUUAA